AUGAGCAGGGUUGCGAUUUCUUCUCCAGGAGAUCUUGAUUUUGGUGGUCUAGUGAGCCAUCAGUUGGAUGUCCCUGACGCAAUUGGGAAGAUAAUCUUCAGAGAUCGACCGAAGUUGUAUGAUUGUUUGUUGUAUGUGACAGCAGAGGAUGAAAAAUUACUGGAGGUGAGAAGCAAUGGGAAGAGGAAGCAUGAGGAAAAUGAGGAGGAAGGUUGCAAGUACCUGAGAUUGGAAAGGAGACAUCCUCAGAAGCUUAUCACAAUUGCAAUCACAGUUGCAGGUGACGUUUGGAAAAGAAAAUUCAAGAAAUCACAGUUGCAGGUGGCGUUCGGAGGUUAG